AUGGCCUCGGAGCGCGCGGGCCCCGCUCGCUCGCGGACGCUGUUCCUGCAGGACGACGGCAGCGCCAUGCGCUUCUACGUGCGGCCCGGGCCCGCCAAGCUGCAGCUCGCGCCGCUGAUCCUGGCGGGCGGCGGGCGCCUUUGCCGCGUGCAGGAGCCGGGCGCGGUGCUGCUGGCCCAGCCCGACGAGCGCGGGGCCGCGGGCAACUUCGUCUCCACCGAGUACGUGCGGCGCUGCGUGGAGAGGAACGAGCGGCUGCCGCUGGAGCACUACCGGCUGGCGGCGGAGCAGGCCCCGGCCCCGGCCGGAUCCCCGGCCGGCCGCUCUGCCUUCACGGGCUCCGAGGACCAGGCCAUCCUGCUGCACGUGCGGGAGCGGGCGCAGGGCAGCGGCACCGGCACCGCGCUCUGGAAGGAGAUGGAGCGGGCCCGGCUGACGCCGCACUCUUGGCAGGCCAUGCGGGACCGCUACCUGCGGCACCUGCGGGGCCAGGAGCACAAGUACCUGCUGGGCGGGCCCGGCCCCGCGCCGCCCCGCCGCCUCGCCAGGAGCGCCCGGCAGCCGGCGGAGAGCGAGUCCUGGAGGAAGGAAGUAGCUGAUGUACCCCAUGGAGUGGUUCAAGACCAAUUAACAAAAGGGGGUAGCCUUUUCCAGCUGGCUAACAAAGAAUUUGAAGGCAGUGAGUCAGAAAAUGAGACCUCUGACCUUCAGGAAGAAAAUCCUGCAAAAGAUGAAGAGCUGAAGUCCCCUGAAAAAACAGUCUCCAGUCAGAAAAGGGAACUGAAAGAAUUGGUAACUGCUGAGGACUCUGCUAUAAAUGAAACUGAGCCUCAAGAGGAGGAAAAGCCCACAAGGUCUUGCCCUUCCCCCACAGAGGUGGCAGAUGCAGUGAAGACAGUACAGCACUUCAUGGAGGAAUUCAGCAUGGACCUCUCAACUGUUACACAAGCCUUUCUGAAAAACAGUGGUGAAGUGGAGGCCACUUCCUACUUCUUACAUAACAGUCAGCGCUUGGAUGGAUACCCUAUAUGGAGCAGACAGGAUGAUUUAGAUUUGCAAAAAGCAGAUGAAAAUGUCAGAAGCAAAUUAAUAGCAAAAUUUGGAGCUCAGAAUGUGGUAAAGCGGGUUGCGUUCAGGAAGAGUUAGAUAGUAACUUGUGAAGGAUGGUUCAUGGACUGGGACCCUCACAGGAGAGCAGGAGAUGAGACUUACAUCUCUGACCUUCAUGGAAGAAAGGGUGAGGAUUUGUAGAUGUUCUGAAGCCUCUAGGAUAGCCACCUGCAAUCUCAUUUCAUACAGAAAAAUUGGCAUCAAAAAUUAAAAGACCUCUGUGCCAAACAGUUUGUCCUUUCCAUCAUUUUCUGUAAACUUUUCCCUUGAGGUUCCGUGUUUAUGCAAGGCCUUGUUUUAUAUUUGUGUUUUUUU